AUGGACGGCCAAGUAGCACAGCUUGCAGGGGUCUUCGCGCGCACAGUGGCCAACGACAGGGUGGUGGCGGCCGGGGAUGCGCUGGGCCUGGACAUCCGGCUGGCAGCGGCAGUGACUUUUAAAAACCUCGUCAAGUAUCGCUGGGUGCCUACAGAGGUGGCGCAGGAGGCGGGGACACAGCCAAUUCCGAAUGGAGAGAAGGACCAGAUCCGGCAGCUGCUGACCGGCCUGAUGCUCAGCACGCCGCAGCUGGUGCGGGCGCAGCUGAGCGAGGCGCUGGCGAUCAUCAGCGGGCACGACUUCCCGGGCAGGUGGCCGACGCUGCUGCCUGAGCUGGUGUCGCGGCUGCAGACGGACGACCUGGGCACGAUUAAUGGUGUGGCGGCCACAGCAAACAGCAUAUUCAAGAGAUACAGGAACCAGAUCGGCAACGACGCGCUGGUUGCUGAGCUGGCGGCCAGCCAGGACGUGUUUGCGGCGCCGGCGCUCGAGGCUCUGCAGAAGAUCAGCAAGCUGGUGCCCCAGCUGGCGGCGCAGGGCCAGGGCGACCAGCUGCGGCUGGCGGUGGGCACGCUGCGGCUGCUGUGCCGCAUCUUCUUCAGCCUCAACUCCCCGGGACUCACGCCGCUGUUUGAGUCCCAGCUUGACGCGUGGAUGGGGGAGUUCCACUCUUUCCUGGGGCUGCAGGAGGGGCCGGGCCUGGCUGAGUCAGACCCCACCAAGGAGGCGCCCCUGGACGGACUCAAGGCUGCGGUGUGUGCCAACAUCAACCUGUUCAUGGAGAUGAAUGAGGAGGAGUUUGAGAGGUUCAUGCAGACCUUUGUGACCGACGUGUGGCACCUCCUGACGAGCGUCAGCGGCCGCAGCGGCCAGGACAACCUGGCAAUGGCCGCCACGCGCUUCCUGACCACCGUGGCGCGCAGCGUGCACCACAAGCUGUUCGCGGAGGCGGCGGUGCUGCAGCAGGUCUGCGAGUCCAUCGUGCUGCCAAACCUCAUGGUGCGCGAGGACGACGAGGAGAUGUUUGAGAUGAACCCCGUGGAGUACAUUCGCCGGGACGCGGAGGGCAGCGACGCGGACACGCGGCGCCGCGCGGCGGCCGACCUGCUCAAGGCGCUGUCAGAGAAGUACGAGGGGCAGGUGCGGCUUCCCCGCGGGUUCCGCCCAGCUCCCGCUCGCCGCGCCUGUCUCUGA